UAAAACCAAAGCUUGAAGCAUGUCUCUCUCAUGGCAGAUUCAUUUUUCCACCUGAGAAAACAAAAAUUGAGCUGAACCCACAAAUUCUAAGGUAAAAUUAAACACACCUGCAUUGAAAAGUUUGCUUUUUGAUUCUCAUUUGUACGAAUUGUUCUUGCUCUGUUUUUCCAUCCCCUUGUCUGGAUUUCAGCUUUGAGAUGCAUAAAUCUAUCCUGCAUAAGGUUAGGGAAUACCCAUUUUUGUGUUUACCCUAUACAACAGACAUUUUAUUGUUCAUUUCUUGUGGUGAAACUUGUGAUGAUUAAGUUGGAGAAUCUCAAUAGAUAUCAUUGGAGGAUUCACAAUGUUUAUGAAUGUUAAUCUUAAGUCUGUUACUUCCAUUAGUACUGUGAAACCUCUAAAAUACUUCAAUUUGGGUAAGAUUCAAUGUAGACAUUCUUGUAUUUCAUUGCCAAUGUGGAAGGCACUAGCAAUCUCAGGCCGAUCGUCCGCUUCUUGUAUGGUUACUAGAUUAGCUAGAGGUGUUCGAAGUGAAGCAGAAAAUGUACUGUUUGAUUAUCUACAUUAUACUAGAAAUUUACAAUUUUCUGAUGCAGAACACAUAAGUAAAAACUCACCCAUAUUUCUUCGGACGCUUUUAUCAAAGGUUAUUGAUUGUGAUGAAGAAAUUAGUAGGUCACUGGCGAGGUUUCUUCGUUAUAAUCCUAUUAAUGAGUUUGAACCAUUCUUUGAGAGUUUAGGCCUGGCAGCAUCAGAGGUUAACCCACUUCUUCCGCGUGAACUGAUGUUUCUAAGUGAUGAUGAUAUAUUGCUUCACAAUUAUCAUGUUCUUUGUAAUUAUGGGAUUCCUCGUACUAAGAUUGGGAAGAUGUAUAAGGAAGUGGUGGAGAUCUUUGGGUAUGAUUAUGGGGUCUUGGCUGCGAGAUUUCAUGGUUAUGAAGAGUUGGGACUGACCAAACCUACUAUUAUUGCGUUAGUUACCUGUUGUCCUACACUUUUGGUCGGUGGUGUUAAUCGAGAUUUUGUUCGGUUUCUUACAUUGUUGAAUGGCUUGGGGAUUGGAAGAAAUUGGGUUAGAGAGUAUCUAUCGGAUAAGAACACGUAUAGUUGGACUAGAAUGGUUGGCGUGAUGAGGUUUCUUGAAGAAAUGGGUUGUAGCAGGAAAGAUAUGAGAAUAUUAAUUGACAAACAUCCUAGGUUCCUGUUUGAAGACUCUGGAAACAAGAUUUAUAUAUUGGUUGCGUUAUUAUUAAAGAUAGGUAUUUCAGCAGAAAACAUAAUUUCAUUGUUUCUUCAACAUCCUCAAAUUUUAGCUGGGAAUUUUGCUAAAAAUCUGUGGGGGGCGCUGCAUUUUCUGUCGGAGAUUAAGAUGGAAACUGAAGAUAUUGCUAUGAUUAUCCGUACUCAUGCACAUAUAUUGGGUUGUUGUUGUCUGAAGAAGAAACCUAGAACAGUUCUAUCGAACUUAAAAGUAGGCCCAGAGAAGUUGUGUGAGAUCAUAAAGGAAGACCCUCCAAUGUUGGUUACUUUGGCUGGAAAAAAGAAAACUUCUCACAAAAAGGCGUCGAAUGAUACGGAGAAAACUACAUUUUUGUUGCAUAUCGGAUAUGUUGAGAAUUCAGAUGAGUUGGUGAAAGCUCUGAAGCGAUUUCGUGGUAGAGGGGAUCAAUUACAGGAGAGAUUUGAUUGUUUGGUAAAUGCUGGAUUAGACUUCCAUGAUGUCUGCAAGAUGAUCAAAGAUGCUCCACAAGUCCUGAAUCAGUCAAAGGAUGUUAUUGAGAUGAAGAUUAAGCAUCUGGUGAAUGAUUUACGUUACCCUGUGCAAGAUUUGGUAGCAUUUCCUAGAUACUUGUGUUAUGAUAUAGAGAGGAUCAAGCUUAGGUUCUCAAUGUAUGUAUGGCUGAGAGAAAAAGGUGUAGUAGGAAAAAUGACCUUAAGUACGAUUCUUGUGAGCUCACAUGCACGUGUUAUAAAGUACUUGGUAAAUCUUCACUCAGAAGGACCAGCUGUUUGGGAAAGAUUAAAAAGAGAGUCAUCUUCAAGCUAGCGAAAUCUAAUUGAUCUUGCUGAAAUUGUUUUGAGAAUUGAGACCUUCAAUCAGCUCUGCCGUCUUUGUAUCUGCACUAUUUCUUUUACUAGAUAAUUAAGCUCCCUCACCCAGUGCAGGGAAAGAGUCGAGCUUCUGACCUCUCAUACGAGAGGUGCUGCAAGGGCCACUAACUGCACGGUUUCUUAUCUUUUUCAUCGCAGUUGGCACAAUCCUCUUUGCCAUUUCUUGUUCCGGAUGUAUAGGAAUUUCUGCCAGAAAUCGCUGUUGUCUGUAUCUUUACUCUGUGUUCAUGGCGA